ACAUUCAGUCUUGUCGGACGUCGCUGUUGAGGCAGCAUCAUUGAUGUUAUCGGCGCGUGAGGAUCCAGUCACCUCGAGCGUCCUCCCGCGGCAGCAGCGACCCUCCUCCGCCCACGCGCGCGCUCCCUUCCGCCGGCCUUCUGCUGACGAAGCACCGGGACCCCCCUCCGCCGCCCCCCACCACACAAUGGCAGAGGAUCUGAGAGGCGCCUCUGUCACACACCGACAACAGGUCGCGUGGAUAAUCCCACCGGAUCAGUUGGUGUUUGGGGCGACCAGAGCGCCGCUGUCGGCCUGAUGUGGCCGGGGAGCCGAGCGGCAGCGCGGCGGCUCGUCCUGGGUGUCGACUGAGCGGGACUCGGCGCGAGCAGGUGCGUGGAAGAUGCUGCUGCUGCUGCUGAUGACGGUGGUUCAGGUUUCGCGUGAUCUAAUUCCCACGAACGCGCAGGUGUGAGGACUAGGACGAGUCAGCAUGGGCUUGGCCGCCUGCUUCCGCUACUACUUCCAGCACCCGUGGUCGCGCCUCAUCGUGGCCUACCUGGUCACCUUCUUCAACUUCCUCAUCUUCGCCGAGGACCCGGUGUCACACAGCCAGACGGAGGCGCACAUGAUCGUGGUGGGCAACUGCUUCUCCUUCCUGUUCAACAAGUACCCAGGUCCCGGCUGGACCACGCUGAAGGUCGUCUGCUGGAUUCUGGCCAUUUUCUUCGGUCUGCUGGCCGGAAAGUUCAUCUUCCACCGACGGCUCUUCGGUCGAUAUCUGCGCCUGAAGAUGUUCCGGGAGGACCACGGCUCGUGGAUGACCAUGUUCUUCAGCACCAUCCUCUUCCUCUUCAUCUUCUCGCACAUCUACAAUCUCUUCCUGCUGAUGGCCGGGAACAUGGAGCCGUACCUGGUGACGGAGUACAUGGGGAUCAGGAACGAGAGCUUCAUGAAGAUCGCUGCUGUCGGAACCUGGAUGGGAGACUUCGUCACCGCCUGGAUGGUGACUGACAUGAUGCUGCAGGACCAGAACUACCCGGACUGGGGCCAAGCCGCCCGAAGGUUCUGGAAACAAGGAAACAACAGGAUCGUCCUGUUCUGGACGGUGUUGAUCUCUCUGACCUCAGUGGUGGUUCUGGUCAUCAGCACGGACUGGAUCAGCUGGGACAACCUGAACCGAGGCUUCCUGCCCAGCGACGAGGUCUCCAGAGCCUUCCUGGCCUCCUUCAUUCUGGUUUUCGACCUUCUCAUUGUCAUGCAGGACUGGGAGUUCCCUCACUUCAUGGGCGACCUGGAUAUGAACCUUCCUGGGAUGUCAACCACACACGUGAAGGUCAAGCUGCCGGUGUGCAAACGGAUCUUUAAAGACGAGUACCACAUUCACAUCACAGGUAAGUGGUUCAACUACGGCAUCAUCUUCCUGGUGCUGAUCCUGGACCUGAACAUGUGGAAGAACCAGAUCUUCUACAAACCCUACGAGUACGGCCAGUACGUAGGCCCGGGCGAGAAGAUCUACACGGUGGAGGAGCCGGACACGCUCAAGAACUUCAACCACAGCACGCUGACCUACGAGUGGCGCUCCACCACCGUGGACCCCGGCACCAACCGGACCUACGUGGCGCUGGACAUGUUCCUCCACAGCCGCUAUGUGGGCGCCAGCCUCGACGUCAAGUGUCUGGCUUUUGUCCCCAGCCUGGCUGCGUUUGUCCUCUUCGGGUUCUUCAUCUGGCUGUUCGGCAGAUUCCAAGACAGCGAGACGUUCACAGAAAACCCGGACAAAAGCUACGAGCGGAUCAAGAGGAAGUCUCCAUCCGAGUACAGCAAGGAGAUGGGGGUGACACCGGAGGAGAUGCAAGCGACGAUGCUGGAGACUCUGAGGCGGUCGGGAACUCCCAUGCUGCUCUCCGUGGACGGACCCACGCCGUCCACUCAGUCCACCAUCUCCACGGCAACACAGGAGACGCAUCCAAGUAUUGUGAUUGACCACUCCGCGCAGGAGGCACCGGCGGUCUCCUUCGACGUCAAAAAACUGUCCCCUUAGUCCGACAACUUUCCGCAACUGUCCGAUAUAUUUUUCUAAAACUCUUUCUCAGACCUACUGAAACGGUGCUUGCUCCUGAUUUACAGCAUUUUCAUACCCGACGAUGUGCCUACAUCAUGGCGCAUUUCCUCUCCCGGUGGCGGCAGUCAGGUGACCCAGCGGUUUUACCGCUGUCGUACAGCUGCAGUAGUGCCUUGACGUUUCCUAAACUAACUCUCACAAUGUCCGAUUUCUGAGCUGCUCUGUCCGGAAACACCCUUGUGUGACGUUCAUGUCCGAAGCUAAAUGACCCUGACGUUCCUCGCCAUGUAGCAGUUGAGUAGCCAUAACAUUAUGACCACUUGUCUCAGGUGGUACAACGUCUGUUUCUUUGCCGUCAUGAACGCAGCAAAAGUGGUCCGAGGAAGGGGGAGGAGCUAGAACUGGUUGCAACAAGAUGUGGAGGGGAGCGAGGAGGACACUGACACUGGUCUUAGUGGAAAAGUGUAUCGUGUUGCACUGAACCUGUGUGUACGAACAAAAAUGACCAGGAUCAGCAUCAGAACAGGCUAACGUGCUGAUGCUGGGUCCACCCCUGCACCCUUACGGGGACCGACUUUUCCAUACAGACCAGUAUUGAUCUACAGUGACCACGUUUCCGCUCCCCUCACAGUCUUCCUUGGACCAUUCUGUUCACGCUGAGCUUCACAACACCAUAAUGAUUCAAAUCCAUUUUGAGAAAACGACUUUUGUUUUGUUUUCGUGAAAACCGUCUUGGUUUAAUUUGGUUUCGGAUAGAGUGAACUUCGUGAAGCUCUUGCCUGGUUGUGGCUCUACGCAUCCUCAUGUGGCAACCUCCUGCCGGAGACGUUAACACAACUAACCGAACUAACUUGUAGUUGGACGACUGACUAUACCACCCAUUUACAUAUAGGAUUAUAUAUCAAGUAUACUUACCUGUUAUUACACUCGCAGACUUUGUGCGUAAUCCCUUGUGUGUGAGUCGUGGAGCUCAGGGUUGGAUUGUGUCUCACUAAUCCCGCUUCGUGUAGACACACCUCUGUGUGUGCGUACGUGUGCAUGUUAGCAUAGCGUCAUGUCGGGUCUGACUGUUCGUCACGUCGUCGUAACUGUUCCAUCAUGUAACGAGAGAUUUUGUUUACAGAGACUUUGUUAAUGAGCUUUAUAAUGUUUUUUUGUUUUUCAACUCAAAUAAAUCUAUUUAUCUUCA